AUUCAAAGGGCAGUAGGGCUACCGGCUUGGAAGCAGGUGUGGAGAUCGGAGAGAGGCUUGGAUACAGGCUCCGGAGACGAAAACAGCUCAGGUUCUCCAUUCUUCACAAGAAGAAGAAGAAGAAGAAGAAGAACAAGAAGAAAAACGGAGUCGAUUUCUUUGAUUUUUUUCCCGAUUUAUAGGGUUUUGAAGAUGGAUGGUUUUAUCUAGGGGUUUAGGGUUUUGUUUUUUUCUCUCCCCUUUCUGUUUUGGAGUGAAAUGGGUAGCAGAGUUCCUGUACAACAUUACAAUCUGAGAUCUGCUAAUUCAUUUCUUGGGAGCUCUCUCCACGAUCUCAACACGGUGGACGCGCGGCCCGGCGAAAUCGAAGGGAUCAGUGAUGUGGACCGCGACGGUGUAACAGAAGAUAGCUUGGAGAACGACGACGAGUCGAAUUCGGUUGAUUGCAUACACGAAUCAUAUAGAAACUCAUUGCCACUUCAUGGUGUUGGUGUAGAAGAAGAUCGUUCUGGCCUUGAAAAUGGCGGGUCUUCGAGGUCCCCCUAUGAUAUUCUGACCAUUGAUGAUAUUUCGCCAAUUGAAACUGCAAGAGCGAGGUUUUUGCAAAUUAUUGUGGACCAUUUCAUUAAUGAACAUGUGAUUCCAGUGGCUGAUUCUUCUGAGGCAGAUUAUAGUAACCAAUCUGGGCAGGAUAAACUAAACAAGAGGAAACCGAAAGACGUACAAUAUGAAGGCGACCCAAAUUUUGUUUUGCCCUUGAUGUAUGUGGCGAAUUUGUAUGAGACCCUACUUAAUGAUGCGAAUAUGCGGCUUGCCUCUUUGGAUGGGAUUCGCGAGAAGACCAUUGGGGUGGCUCUUGAAGCAGCUGGUGGCUUGUAUAGAAGGCUAGCGAAAAAGUUCCCAAGGAAAGGACCAUGUACAUUUAAAAGAAGGGAAUUGGCAACUUCUCUUGAAACAAGGUCGAGAUUUCCAGAGCUAGUAAUACAGGAAGAAAAACGUGUCCGGUUUGUGGUAGUCAAUGGUUUGAUGAUUGUUGAAAAACCAAAUAAUAUGACUAUCGAGGAUGCCGAAUGGUUCAAACGCUUGACUGGUCGGCAUGAAGUGGUUGUCACGGCAAGGGACUACAAAUUUUAUUCACCCAGGCAUAAGUAUCGGCGUGUUCCAUCACAUUCUGUAUCUAACAUCCCUGGGUUGUCUGCAUUUGGCAGCACAGAUAAUUCUUCCACACUAACUACUUCACCAGGUUUCCGUCCUGUAAGUGAACCACAAAAUCAGCAGCAGCCUCCAUCCAAGCAUCACAUGCAACCACUUACCCAUCAACCUCAGUUUCAUCCUCUGCAGCAAACACACCAUCAAUCCAUGCAUCAAAGUCAACAUGCAUCGCACUUUCCCAACACACCACAUCAGUGUGCACACUCUCCACACUUGCCGGAGAUUCCUCAUCAUCAGGCGCAAACUAUUUCCCAGCAUAUGGCUUGCUUGCAGCCCCUCACUGGAGGCCAUGUUGGAGGGCGUUUGCAUGUAAUGCCCGCGAGUCUUGCCAAGUUUUGCGAUGAAUGUGGGGCCCCCUAUUUAAGAGAAACCUCCAAGUUCUGCUCUGAAUGUGGUGUGAAGAGGUUAGGAACCUGAUAUUUCUGCUUUCACUUGUUAUUGCCACAGGAAUCAUCAUUCUCUUUUCUUCUCCUUUGUUGCCUUCUUCUCCCUGUAAAUUUCUUUGGGGAAGAAGCUGCUUGUCUACAAAAAGAAUUCUACUUGUCUUGGUUUGUGUACAGCUUUAUGAAAUAGAGGGAAAAAGCGAUCAGUUGUGCCUGUUUUCUGUUUUUAUUUUUAUUUUUAUUUUUAUUUUUUAUUGGGGUUCCAUUGUAAAUCAUCUCAUGGAAUGAUGAUUCAAAAUGCAACAAUUUCCAUUUUAAAAUAGUUUAUUGUUAUUUUUUCUA